GAUGAAGAUCAUAUGAUCCCCGAGGUGAGUCUGAUUGGUUGAACAGAGUGAAGCCUUUUAGACAAGGAAGUAGUCAAAUAUGUGACAGUACAGUCUAGUUUAGAUACUAAAUAAACAUGAUUUCAGGUGCAUUUUAUGCAUUAUUAGCGGGCUUUCUUGGAGCCGUCGCCUCCUCGUCAGCCAAGCUAUCUCUGGGCUCAGACUACCUCAAAGAGAUGUGUGAAACAGGGCUGAAAACCUGGUCUCAGGAUGGGGACUACAGGAUUAUUCAGGAGGAAACAUCACCCUGCGAAUGGCUCCACAUCCCUCUGCGGUUGCUGUGUGGAGGACUGCUGUUCACCAGUAAUGCUGUGAUGUGGACCUUCUUCUCCAAGGCUCUGAGACACUCCUCCUCCUCAGCCCGGGCCACGGUCACCACCACCGCAUCCAACUUUGUAUCCUCUAUCAUAAUGAUUAAGUCAGGAGGACCUGAUCCUAGAUCGGCACUGCUACACUGAGAUGCUUUAGGAACACGACCCCAGAUCUAAGCACUCCUCCUCCUCUGAGAUGCUUUAGGAACACGACCCCAGAUCUCAGCACUCCUCCUCUGAGAUGCUUUAGGAACACGACCCCAGAUCUCAGCACUCCUCCUCUGAGAUGCUUUAGGAACACGACCCCAGAUCUCAGCACUCCUCCUCUGAGAUGCUUUAGGAACACGACCCCAGAUCUCAGCACUCCUCCUCCUGAGAUGCUUUAGGAACACGACCCCAGAUCUCAGCACUCCUCCUCUGAGAUGCUUUAUGAAUACGACCCCAGAUCUCAGCACUCCUUCUGAGAUGCUUUAGGAACACGACCCCAGAUCUCAGCACUCCUCCUCUGAGAUGCUUUAUGAAUACGACCCCAGAUCUCAGCUAUCCAGUUUAUAUGAACACAGUACAGUAGGCCUUUGGCACUAUAGAACAUUGACCAUAAGACCAUAGUGGAACAACAUUAUUGGAGCAAUGACAUCUGUGAAUCACUGUAUGGAUACAGGUAUUAUAGGCUAUUUAUGUUGCCAAUCCCACUUCCAUGGUCUGUACUGUCUUUAGGCAUUCCUAGGGAAGCUGAUCUUUGGCGAGACCCAUGCAGCACUGUGGUGGGUGGGCAUCUCUCUAACGCUCUCAGGUUUACUGGUGCUGCAUGGAUCAACUUCUCAACCAGCAGAGGCCAAGAAGGAAGAGUGAAGGACUGUCCACGUGUGGAAUAACAAUACCACUGCAUCAAACACCCCACUGGACCGCCUCGCCGUUUCACAAACGCUUUCUGGCUCAAAUAAUCUGGAUUUCACCAGAACCACGUUCUAUUACCACAAAGGGCUUUGAUGUUACAUCUGACUGUACAUGGAUUCUAACAUGUUACAUCUGACUGUACAUGUUACAUCUGAACAUGGAUUCUAACGUGUUACAUCUGACUGUACAUGGAUUCUAACGUGUUACUACUGACUGUACAUGGAUUCUAACAUGUUACAUCUGACUGUACAUGGAUUCUAACAUGUUACAUCUGACUGUACAUGGAUUCUAACGUGUUACUACUGACUGUACAUGGAUUCUAACAUGUUACAUCUGACUGUACAUGGAUUCUAACAUGUUACAUCUGACUGUACAUGGAUUCUAACGUGUCUCAUCUGACGUGUUUCUGUUCUGUCUUACCGUCUCUGGGUACGACAUGACCAAGGUCUGCACUCCAUACACAAACAUGAUCAGGCUUUUUAAACACUACACAUUAUUAUGCAAACAAAGAAUUUUGAAUACGACCGUUGAGAUGUAUAUUUUAUUGACAAUAUUGUAAUGACCUGUAAGACUAAAUGCGUAUCAAUUUAUUGAAAUUAGAGUUCUGUAAAUAAAUCUUUACAUGAAA